ACGGGUUUUAUCCAUAACAUAAAAGCUCUUCAUUUUAGAGUCGAUACGGAGAUAAAUCGUCCGCAAAAUGUCAUCUAGUCGGUUGAAUUACUUUCUAAGGUUGACACAGCUUAGAGUAGGAUGUGUACGAAGCAUUCGACAACAGACAAAAAGGGUAACAAACAAGAUGAAUGGUCAAAGGAGUUGCUAUAGAAAGUUGCUGGUUCCCCUUGUGACAGGAAACACCAUGUAUGCUCUCUUUGGAAUCAACUGGGGUGGAAAUGAGGAAAAGGCUGAUGUUAUAAAAACUGAUAAUACUACAGUUGAAGACGUGAGACAACAAAUACUAAAUAAAGCUGACUACUUAUACUCAGAAAAUAAAGUUGUUGCCUUGUAUGAUUUUCUAAGAAUGCAUCAGCAUUCAGAAGAUGAUGAAAUACUAUGGAGACUGGCCAGGGCAGCUGUAGAUAAAGGCAAACUACCUGAGUUUACAGACAUGAAGAGAGAUCUGUAUUACGAGGCAUAUGAUUAUAUAAAAAAAGCUCUAGAGCUGAACCCCAGGAAUUUUGCUGUACAUAAGUGGUAUGCUAUUUUACUUGACUACACUGGUGAACUGGAAGGAAAUAAACAGAGGCUUAUAAAUGCUGUACAAGUUAAAGAACAUUUUCAGAAAGCUAUUGAGUUGAACCCUAAAGAUGCUACAUCUAUACAUUCCUUAGGACAGUGGUGUUUUACAUUUGCGGCAAUGCCCUGGUACCAGAGAAAAUUAGCAGCUGUGAUUUAUGCUUCUCCACCAUCGUCCACUUUUGAAGAGGCUUUAACAUAUUUUCUACAGGCUGAAGAAACUGAACCAAACUUUUACAGCAUGAAUUUACUGAUGUUAGGUAAAACAUACAUGAGGCUCAAAGAUGCAGAAAUGGCCUUGACAUACCUGACACGUUGUAUAAACCAUCCUGUAAAAACACCAGAUGACAAACAGGCAAAUGAUGAAGCAGGCUGUUUAUUUAAAAUGCUUACACAAAAGAAACCACCAUCCGACAAAUGAUGAAAUAUGCUGAAAUAAGCCAAUGAGGAAGCUACACAUUUAUUGAAAGUUAUGGGAGUUCAUAAUAAACCCGGCUUAGAAAAACUGAUCAAAAAGUGACUAAAUAGAGUUAAAGUGUGUAAUCAUUUUGAAUUUAAAUUAGAAUUUGACAAUGGAAGUGGAUAAGAAAAACUCAAAUCUAUAUUUUUAAGGAUUGACAAACUGAGAUUAUACUGUACAUAUUCUAAAAGAAAAAUGAUCAAGAUUGUAUCAUAGUUUAACUGUGAUCAACAAUAAUAAUUUGUUUUUGAACAGUUGAUUGUUUGACACAUUACAUGAAUAAUAUCUUUUCAAAAAAGGAAACCUUUGUAACAAUUUAUAGGCAAUUAUCGAUCCAAUUAUGAUAGCAAAACACUGAAAUUUGAAUAAAAGAACCAGGCUGAUUUCACGGCCAAACCAUGCAGGAAAUUUACAGUAAAUCAUAACAAUUGGAGAUGUCCAAUAUAAAAAGUCUGUAUAAACUGAUUGUUUUCUUACAAUUUGUAAUUGUGUUACAUGACAGAUAAACCACAUUAUCUUUUUUCAGUUAGUGAUUUAUUUCUUUGAGAUAUUAGAUUUUCACUAAAUGAAAGAUUUGUUGUUGAUGGUAAAUGUAAUAUAAAAUAGUUAUUAAGAGAGAAUGGAAUGGUUUGAUUUUACAAGACAAGAACUUGAUAUAUUUGAUAACAUAUGUUAGGAAAGUAUUUAUUUUACUGAUUUAAUUGGAACACAGAUAACUUUUUUUUCCUUAUAGUCAAUUUAUAUCAUGCUUCAAUGUAUAAGGCCAUAAAAUGGUCAAACACAGUUUUCAGAAACCGGAGUUUGAAGGUGUAAAUUAUUGUAAUACUAUUAUUAGAGCACUUGGAUAGUAACAAGUAUAAAUCCUUCAUGUUAACAAAGAAGACAACUGUAAUGUAUUGUAACUGAUUUUAGUAUAUUUUGCUCAUGGUAUAAAUAUGGAGUUUAAGUAUAUUUUUUGUGUCAAUACUAUGUUAUGUGAAAUAAAAAUAUUAAAACCUG